GUUUCACCGGGCCUUCGUCUUCCUCCGUCCAAUCCAUCCAUCCAGAAACGCGCUCACUUUUCCCGUUUGUCUCGCACCUUCCUCCCCACCCUCCAAACUCCCCGUCCAAACAAAAAUCGAAAAAACUAGGGGAAUUCCAAGCCGCCGACUGCCGAGCGCCGCCGACCUCCCCCCUGGCCGCAGCGUUGGGAUCGUAUGGCCUCGUCGCCCUCGGCGCCAUCGUCCGUCUGCUUCCUCCUCCGCUCCUCUUCCUCCUUGCCGAGCACCAUCCGCAACCGACACCAACCUCCUCCUUCUCCGCCGCCGCAGCAGCAACAGCAACUCCAGCAGCCUCGACCCGUCGUCCUCUGCUAGGUCUCUCGCCAUCCCUCCCCUGCGCCAAUUCGGUGGGCGUGCAGUCUAGGGUUUGCUGCCUUCCGUGUUCGAUUUGAUGUCUAGGGUUGACGCAACCUGCGAGUUCGCGCUGCUGGACAGGUUCCUCGUGCUUGCUUCCUUUCCCAUGGCUGGAAACAUACGAAUACGACCGUCUGUGCUAGGUUUUAUUUGUGUUGUAUUUACGGUCGCUAUUUGUUAAACUUGCAAUCGCACUUGGGAGGAAGAGGAAACAGAGAUCUCAAUCGGGGGUGAGUUUUGGUGGUGAUUCUACAGAAAUUGCAAAGAGGGAGGAGUUUGUCUUGGUCUUGAGGUUAAUUUGGGGGAUUUGUAAGCCAGAGGAACGGAGAAGAAGGGAGUCGGUGCUGUUGGUAACUCCAGGGAAUUUGACCAUGGUGGGGAAGGAAUUGGUGCUGCAACGGAAUGGUCAUGUGGAUGUCCGUGAGAUUGCUGCGAAGGCCACGCUUAGGGAGGUGCGGCAGAAUGGGCACACCUACGUGGAGCUCCGUCGUGUUGGCAAGCGUGUCAUCUUCUUCUGCACCAUCUGCCUCACCGAAUGCUUCAGUGACAAUGUGCUGUUCGACCAUCUUAAGGGGAAUCUGCACUCACGCCGGUAUGCUGAGGCCAAGGUCACACUGUUUGGGCCCAUGCCAUGGCCGUUCAAUGAUGGUGUACUCUUCUUCAACAAUUCACGAGAGAAUAGCCCUCUCUUGCUGGACUCAAGCUCUCAUAACACCAGAGAGCUGGCUCUGGUUUCCCAUUCUGAGUUUGCCAGGAAUGACACCGAGGUUACCUCAAGGUUGAGAGAUGGUUCAAGCUCCCAUAAUGGUGCGGAAGGCACACUAGUUUGUGCAAAUCAACAUGCCAAUGGUAGAACUGCUGCUGUAUCUGAAUAUCUUGCAUUGUCAAACCACAAUGGAGUCGAUCGUCCUCUUGUUAUUCCUGGUGUAUUGAUAAAGGAUGCUGUUCUGAACUUGCCUGUGCAUUUCCUGGGUUACGGAAACAUUGCAUACAGGAUAUCUGAAGCUACCGAAAGUUGUAAGAAGGUUAGCAAGAUGUGGUGUGCUUGGGUAGGACAAGAAGCCUCCCAUGACUCUGAGGGGUGUAACAUCUAUGAACAAUCUGGUUUUGCCAUAGUCAACUUCUCUUAUGCAUAUGAGUUGGGCAGGAAGUGGCCUUCUGAUGCUCAGGACCUUCCCAUCUCUGCUGGAUCUUUCUUUGUAAUAGAUGACGCAGGACAUCGUGGAAAGAGAAGGAAGAAGUCAUUUUCUGAUCAAGAGGCAUCUUCAGAAGAGUCGAAUGGUCAGACUGAAGGCAUCAGUCAAGCUAUUGUGACCGGUUCCCCAACAGGUACCUCACGCAAUCUUCAAGGCAGAUCCUUAUCCAGCAAGUCUAUGAGGAGAGAGCUGAGAAAGCAGAAGAGACUUGCUGCCGAGAAAGUUUGUGAUAUUUGUGGGCGGUCAAUGCUUCCUGGAAAGGAUGUAGCUACCUUGCUGAACUGCAGUACAGGAAACCUAGCUUGCAGCAGUAGAAACUUGAGUGGGGCUUUUCAUCUAUUCCACACUUCAUGCCUAUUGCACUGGACUAUUUUGUGCCAAUAUGAGGUGCUAGCUGACCAAAUUCUAAAGAAGGGGAAGAGCAAGCGAGGAAGGAAGGCAAAAACAGCACCAAAGAGCAGAAUAACAUCCAUCUUUUGCCCAGAAUGCCAGGGUACAGGUAUCCACGUCAAGGGAGAUGAACUCGAAAAGCCGACUAUUUCCUUGUCCGAGAUGUUUCGCUACAAGCUUAAAGCCAUUGAAGCACACAAGGCAUGGAUGAAGAGCCCUGAGGUGCUCGAGAACUGUUCAACUGGACUUCAUUUCCCUUCAGAACAUCUGGAGAACUCUGAGGAGCAGGUGAUGCCACUAAAGUCGCUUCCGUUCUAUGCAGCCGAAGGAUAAAGGCAUGGUACUCACGUUGCCUCGCAACUGCAGGAAAUUAGAGGGAUUCUCCCGGAGCCGUUGUAAAUUUACUAGAACAGCUGUAAAAAAGGCUGACACGUAUUUUACUUGUUCAAAACUGUGUUAAGACUGGAUUGUAGUAACCAGAAUGUGCUGCUAACGCUGUUGAUUUUAUUGUCGAACCACAUUUUCAGCGACCUCAGUUUCAUCUUUU